AUGGCCAGUGAUGGCGGUGGCUCUGCGCAUGAUCUGGUGGUCACCACCUGGGUGAUGUACAGCAUCGCAAUGCUCUUGUUUGUCGUGCGCUUAUAUGGGCGAUGGCUCAGAAUGCGCUGGGUGUUUCAGGUCGAAGAUUACCUUAUGUUUGCGGCUGUGUGCCAGCUCUGCACGAUCUACUUACUGAAGGCUUGUAUGCUGAUGGUCUACUUCCGACUCACGCCUUACUUGUCGGGCUACUGGACCCUACCUCCUCCGAACGAAAUCUGCUCGACUUACCGUAUCUACGAGGCCGUGCAAGCGGCUAUGAACAUCAGUUCCGACGUUGCAAUUCUUUGUGUUAUGCUUCCGAUGUUUGCCCGCGCGCAGAUGGCUUGGAAGACUAAGCUGCCGGUCAUCGUUGUCUUCUCAAUGGGCAUCGUAGUGCUUGCUUGUGCUAUCACUUCCAAGUAUUUCACCUUUCGGGAUAUCUACGACACCAGCUAUCAGUUCUGGUACCUGCGAGAGGCCUCCAUCGGCAUGUACGUCACGAACCUGCCUUUCGUGUGGUCUCUGGCGAGAUCGACAAUCUCCUUCCUCAAGUCGAGCAACUAUGUCGGUCAAGGCAACUACAACGACCCGAGAUACGGGACAAAUCCUCACACCAACGAGACUCGUUCCAGACCGGGAAACGGCACGCGUUCCACUCGACAUUUUGCAAGUAUUUACGAGUCCCGUGCGGUCCGUACAGAGAUACUAUCACCGUCGGAGAGCGAGGAGAAUAUCAUUGAGAUGGGUGGGAUGGGCCGAAGCGUGACCAAGUCGGCCGGGUCAUCGCAGGAGAGUGGGGUUCGUGGAUGGCCCCAAUCGGACGGUCAUGAUGACCAGUUCAUCCGGAAAACCACGGAGAUAGUCAUUCAGAAGGGCUGAUCGGCUAUCCUGGAGCGCAUGCUUGGGAUGUACUGCGCAAGGCAAGGAAAUGUGUGGGGGAAAACAGCUUGGCAAUGAUCAGAGUAACCGCGGCAGGGUAUCCAGCACAAUGACAAGACCCGCACAUCUAAUGCAGUCUCUUUCAGCUGUCUAUCUCCGCUACAACUAUCAGCUUCACCGGUGGAACAGACCAUCGCUUCGGCCGAAUCCACACAGUGUUCGCCUAUUUCUCCGAUCAUCCACGCUGCCUCGUUCCACGCCCAUUUACGAAGAGACAUGGCCAGAUGGAAUCAGAUGCGUUAGCAGUCCUUAUGGAGUAGAUUCAGUGAUCAGC